UUUAAAGACCUCACACUCACAAGUCACAAAUGACUCACAAUUCACAAAGAUAGACCAAAUCAAAAAAAUUCUAAUUUUUCUCUUUUCAAACUUUUUUUUGUAUCCUUCAAAUUCAAUACAUCUCUCUUUCAAAUUCCAAUCCCAACCCUCCAAAUGCUUCAGCUUUCACAUAAUCACAUUCCCAACUUCAAAGAUAUGAACAUAAACUAAAGCAAAGAACCCAACUUUCAUAAGCAUUUGUAAGAGGAAGCUUUUUACUCAACAAGAAACAAAAAUGAGUGCUUCUAGGUUUAUAAAGUGUGUUACCGUUGGUGAUGGAGCCGUUGGAAAAACUUGUAUGCUCAUCUCUUACACCAGUAACACUUUUCCUACUGAUUAUGUACCAACAGUGUUUGACAAUUUCAGUGCUAAUGUAGUAGUGGAUGGGAGCACGGUUAAUCUAGGGUUGUGGGAUACUGCUGGUCAGGAAGAUUACAACAGACUGAGGCCGUUGAGUUAUCGAGGGGCUGAUGUAUUUCUUCUUGCUUUUUCUCUUAUCAGCAAAGCCAGCUAUGAAAAUGUUUCGAAGAAGUGGAUUCCCGAAUUGAGGCAUUAUGCUCCUGGUGUGCCAAUCAUUCUUGUCGGAACAAAACUAGAUCUGCGAGAUGACAAGCAAUUUUUCCUAGACCAUCCUGGUGCAGUGCCUAUCACGACAACCCAGGGUGAGGAGCUAAAAAAGCAGAUUGGAGCAGCUGCGUAUAUUGAGUGUAGUGCAAAAACACAGCAGAACAUCAAGUCUGUAUUUGAUGCGGCAAUUAAAGUAGUCCUUCAACCGCCUAAGCAGAAGAGAAGAAAGAGGAGGAAGUCACAGAAAGGUUGUUCAAUAUUGUAACACGCUAAUGUUGGCUAAAGAGGUCAACUUUACCGGUUUCUGCUACGUUUAUCUCGGAACUACACUCAUCUAUCGUAAGGAAGUAGCGAGGUUUUCUUUAGACCAUUAUUAGUUUGUAACCAACAAAAACCGAGGGGUUCGUAAGUAGCAAUAUUAGUUGGUUGUGUGAUUUGUUGAUUUAAUCAACAUUGUUGUUAUAAUUGUAUGUCAUCAUUUGUAGUUUGCACCAUGUUUCUAAUCAAUGGAGAAAGUUCUAUGUUAAA